AUGAAAAGAUAUUCAAUUUUUAUAAAACUAAAAAUUAAAACAUCAAUAAGUAGAACAAUCAUAAUCUAAUUAAAUUUAUUGGCAAUAUUCCUUAUAUAAACAUGUUAAUUUAGAUUUUUCAAUUUUUUUAAAUAUUUAUAUCAGUAUCAAUAGAUGCUUUUAUUUUACAAUAUGUUUUUUUUAAUUUUUUUGUUUUUGUAGACAUGUUUAUAAAAUUAAAAUAAAUUUAAUUUAAUGUUCACUUCAGAAAGUAAUAUAAGAAUUUCAAUUAAUAAAAACUUAAAUGAAAUGAAAAUAAUGGAAUUGUUUGGUAAAUUACUUGAAACAAAAGAAUUAAUUUUGAAUUAAAUUAAUAAAAAUAUGGUAUUUGAAUACAAACAAUAGAAAGUAUUAGUGAAAAUAAUUAAGUUGUAAUUUAUUGAAAAAGUUAGAGAUUUUAUGGGAAAUAACAUUGAGAUAGAUAAAGAUUAAUUAGAUAUAAUUGAUAGAGUUUAUAUAUAUAAAUUUAAUGAUUGA